CUUUUUCGCGACGACUGUUAAUUCUUCUCGAGGUAGGCGCAGGUGUCAAUUCGAAAGUUUGCAUAGUUUGGCGCAGUUCGGGAUACGAUUUGGGCAUAAUGAUCUUACGGCAACCUGGUAUUCUGCAUUGUGGAAGCAAGCCUUCGACUUUCUACUACCGACCACUGUUCCACGGCAAACAAGAGUCUAUACUCCAAAGCCGAACUUUCUUCGACUCUAUAUUGUCAUCAGCUUUAGGUCCUUGCCCGCUGCGGACAGUUUCGCAUACAAAGCUUCUUCCCUACUCGCCCAAGGUCGUUUUCAAAGCUGUUUCGGACGUGUCUGGCUACCCAACAUUUUUACCGUUCACCAUCUCGUCGCAUGUGACGUCAAGAGACCCGGAUGGAUACCCAACUCGAGCCAGGUUAAAAAUCGGCUAUGAAAAACUCGGGCUUGAGGAAGACUGGGACAGCAUAGUCUUCUGUGACCCCAAGAAAGGACUUGUUGAGGCCCGCAGUAGCGACGAGAACAGCAACGGUUUAUUCGAAAUCUUGAACACGAGGUGGCACAUUUCCCACCGCGAAGGAGGCGAUGAGGAUCAUGCGUCCGUGAAAUUGGACGUCAACGUCAAGUUUCGCAAUCCAGUCUACGAUCAGUUAUUCUCUCAGGUCGAAGGAAAGGUUGCAAGCACAAUGAUCUCCGCUUUCGAGAAAAGAGUCGAAGAGCUCCAUCAGCGGAAGACCGACUGAGGUUCUUCUGGAUAAAGUAUCUACACGAGCCUGCCAUGCAGUACGUGUAGAAGAAGACCUUCAAGAUGCGAAAUGAGCACGACGCCUCGACCUACAUUCAGUGGCAAUAUUGUCAGUGCAACGAGGUGACUUCUCAUCGGACGGAGGCAGUUCCGAAUUGUCAUACAGGAGUCUUUCAUUCGAAAGCCAUCACAGGGGCCUCCGUAGCAGAAGUUGCUCAAAAGCAAUGAUUCUGGUCACAACAGGGGCAGUGAAACCCGAAUCUUGUAUCUUGGUCCCGUCUAACCUGUAUAUUCCUCGGUUCGAAGGACAAUAUCAAUUCGCUUAAUUGAGAAAGCUGAUUCCAGCGUCUAAUUAUCCGAAUAUCUGGCGUUGCGAGGCGUAAAUCAUUUGCCUUGGGAGUAUUGAUAUGUGCGUCACCGCAUUAUCACAGGACCAUCACUCAAUAAGCCCAAUGUCUCGUCGGCGGUUCGAAAAC